CAUGCGUGAGGUGUUUCUGCGCUGUGAACCUGCCUGUGGCGGAGAGAUGGCCGCUCGCCGACUUUAGAACUGAACGACAGGCCAGGCAUCGAGUUUAACAGCUGGAAACCCUUGCAGACUCAUACUGGGUGCUACGGUCGGACACGUGGUAACCAUGGGACACGGAGUGGGCUGAAUACCCUGAUCUUCACACACACACACACACACAACGCCUCAACACCCCUGUGUAUGCGAUGGCCACAGCAUUGGGUGACGAAGACUGUAGUAACGACCGUGGAGGCUCGUCUCAGCUGCAGGCCCAAGUGGUCUGUGCCAAACUCAGGCGCAAGAAGAACUGGUUUGGGACAGCCGUCUAUGUGGAGGUGACCGGGGAGGGGGAGUCCCGCAGGACCAGCAAGGCCCACAGCACACACAACCCUCGCUGGGAGGAGGCCCUGCUUCUGAAUGUAACCCCACACACACAUCUGGAGUUCAAGGUGUGGAGCCACCAUGCCCUGAAGGCAGAUGCCGUGCUGGGCAAGGCCAGCCUGGACCUACGGCACAUGCUGGAGCAGAACAGCAGCAAAUUGGAACGUGUGAAGCAGGUGCUAUCCCUGACGGUGGAGGGGAAGAGUGGCGUAGUCAGUGCGGGGGAGCUGACCGUGGUCCUGGACGGCCUUAGUGUUGACCAAGAGACGCUUCACAACAGUAGCACAAACACAACCAAAAUGCAGCAGAAUGGAGAUGCCAUCCACGAGAACGGAGACGAUGCCACAUCAACGAGGGCUCCAAACAGUGGGUGUGGCUCCAACGGCGUGGACAGCUCUGCCUGCAGUGACUCGAGUUCUGCCCCCAUCGUUAACGGAGACACCGACUCCUCCCCUUCCCACCAGAACGCGCCCGUCCCCAUGCAGACCGACAGCGACGCAGCCCCUCGGAUAGUAAAUGGUUCAGACAGUGCUGUGGCAGCAUGCACAGAGGAGAUGCCAGUUGCCGGUAGUUCAGACGAAGAGCGUGAUGUGGCAGCUGCAGACCCCCCCGCCCCUCUUCCCUCCUCUUCCUCCUCCUCUUCCUCUCCUGCCCCGGAGGCAGCCCCUGCCGCUGCUGGUAGCUCUUCGUCCCCUUCUCCAGCCACUGGCUCCUCGCAAGCAGCCAAACCGCGCCAGCAGACCCCCAACGCCGUCACAACAGAGCCCCUUCCUCCAGGGUGGGAGCAGAGGAAGGAUCCUCACGGAAGGACGUACUACGUCGACCACAACACGCGCACCACCACAUGGGAAAGACCGCAGCCGCUUCCGCCAGGCUGGGAGAGGCGUGUGGAUGACCGCGGCAGGAUCUACUACGUAGACCACAAUACGCGCACCACCACCUGGCAGAGGCCCACUAUGGAGUCUGUGCGCAACUUCGAGCAGUGGCAGUCGCAGCGUAGCCAACUGCAGGGAGCCAUGCACCAGAUCAACCAGAGAUACCUCUACUCCGCCUCUAUGAUGUCUGUGGAGAAUGACCCGCUAGGUCCUCUACCUCCUGGAUGGGAGCGGCGUGUGGACUCCAAUGACCGUGUGUACUUUGUCAACCACAACACAAAGACCACCCAGUGGGAGGAUCCUCGCACACAAGGGCUGCAGAAUGAGGAGCCCCUGCCGGAGGGCUGGGAGAUCAGAUACACACGCGAGGGCGUCCGCUACUUUGUGGAUCACAACACGAGGACCACAACAUUCAGUGAUCCACGCACUGGCAAAUCAUCAGUGAGCAGUAAAGGUCCUCAGAUUGCCUAUGAGCGUAGUUUCAGAUGGAAGCUCGCUCACUUCCGCUACCUAUGCCAGUCGAAUGCGCUACCCAGCCAUGUGAAGAUCACAGUCUCAAGACAGACACUGUUUGAAGACUCCUUCCAACAGAUCAUGGCUUUGAAGCCCUAUGACCUGAGGCGGAGACUAUAUGUGAUCUUCAGAGGAGAAGAGGGACUGGACUAUGGUGGCCUUGCAAGGGAGUGGUUUUUCCUGUUGUCUCACGAGGUGCUGAACCCCAUGUACUGUCUGUUUGAGUAUGCGGGGAAGAGUAACUACUGUCUGCAGAUCAACCCGGCCUCCACCAUCAACCCCGACCACCUGGCCUACUUCUGCUUCAUUGGCCGCUUCAUCGCCAUGGCCUUGUUCCAUGGCAAGUUCAUCGAUACAGGCUUCUCCUUGCCUUUCUAUAAGCGCAUGCUCAAUAAGAAGCUCAUCCUCAAAGACCUGGAGUCCAUCGACCCAGAGUUCUACAACUCUCUCAUCUGGAUCAGGGAUAACAAUAUAGAAGAGUGUGGCUUGGAGAUGUACUUCUCAGUGGACAUGGAGAUCUUGGGCAAGAUCACGUCUCAUGACUUGAAGCCCGACGGUGCCAAUGUUCUGGUGACUGAGGAGAACAAAGAGGAGUACAUUGGGUUGAUGGCGGAGUGGCGUUUCUCUCGAGGGGUGGAGGGCCAGACUAAAGCCUUCCUGGACGGUUUCAAUGAAGUGGUGCCCUUACAGUGGCUGCAGUACUUUGAUGAGAAGGAGCUGGAGGUGAUGCUCUGCGGGAUGCAAGAGGUUGACCUGCAGGACUGGCAGAGGAACACCGUAUAUCGCCACUACACACGGAACAGCAAACAGAUCAUGUGGUUUUGGCAGUUUGUGAAGGAGGUGGACAAUGAGGUGCGUCUCCGACUGAUGCAGUUUGUGACGGGGACGUGCAGGCUGCCACUAGGGGGUUUCGCUGAGCUCAUGGGCAGCAAUGGUCCGCAGAAGUUCUGCAUAGAGAAGGUUGGGAAGGACACCUGGCUUCCUCGCAGUCACACCUGUUUCAACAGGCUGGACCUGCCUCCCUACAAGAGCUACGAGCAGUUAAAGGAGAAGCUGCUCUUCGCCAUCGAGGAGACGGAGGGCUUCGGCCAGGAGUAACCCCCCCCACCCGUGCCCCCCCCCGGCGGCCCUUCUUCCCCACCCCACUCACCAAAAGGAAGAGAAUUGCACAGAUAUUUACCAAUGUACAUAAGCUAUUCUCACAUUUCAAACCAAAAUCUUAAUGGGCAACCUCAUGUUAGUGAUUUUUAGCUCUUCUUCUCCUCCCCUGUGUCUGGCUGUGAUUAUGCAAGCAAACGCUCCCGCGCUUCUCCUGAAAAGACUCUGCCUGGCCGAACGGGUGUGUGAGCGAGACAGUGUGUGUGUGUGUGUGUGUGUGUGUGUGUGUGUGUGUGUGUGUGUGUGUAUAUGAGAGAGAAAGUAGUGAAACUCAUUGCUUAGCUCUAGUUUUAUAGAGCUACUGAGACCGUAUGACUGACAGCUGAUCUUGUUGCUGCUGCCACCCCCUCCAAACAGUAUUCAACACCGCACUGAGGGGUGUGUGUGUGUAUUCAUGUGUGUGAAAAGGGAGCUGUACAAAGGUGAGUGUACAGCUCUGCGGUGGCCUUACUAAGUUUUAUGUGUGUGUGGGGGUGAAGUGUGUGUUCUCUGUGUCUGGGUGUGUGUUUGUGCUGUGGCCAUGUUUUUGUGUGUGUGUGUCUGUGUGUGUGUGUGUGUUGUCAUCUCCUUGUCCCUGCUUUGGCUGUGUGUGUUAAUUUGUGAGGACGACAUCCUGUCCACUGUGGUCAGGAUACUAACUAUAAGCACUGUCUCUAAUGCAACUAUACACACAGACAGCAUCUCUAAUGCAAGAAUAGAUACACACACACACCAAAGAAGACCAGUAACCAAUUUGUCACAACACCAUUGGAUACUGGUGGGGACGUUCGCUGUGUGCUAUGGCUUUGAGGUCAUGAUCUACGGACCUCUGGACAUUGUCUUGCCGGUCUCAUUCGAUGCUAUCGUGUAGCAACACACACACACACACACACAUUCUCUCUCUCUUGCCUGCAAACCCACACCAGAGCAGUAAUGUGCCUGUUUCCACGCCAACGCACCGCUUCACCGUGUCCAUUUCCUCCUCAACGCAGAAGGACUCUGUUCUAGGUUUUUUUCCCCUUGUUUUGAUUUUUCUGCUGUCUGGUCUAAAAUGUGAACUCUCUCCCCGGCGGUGGCUCCACAAGGACAGCCCAACACCCCCAUGCCCCACCGGACGCUCUGCCUCUGAUCAUGCCUCCUCUGAUGAGUGCUCCUGGUAGCCACCUUGCCCCAGACUCUCUCUCUCACACACACACACACACUCACUCACACUUGUGGCUCACAAAAGCAACAAAUAACGAGAUUCUCGCUUCUCCCUGAAAACAAAAACAAUAACAAAUGAUUGUAUGAGGAGCAGAGCAGAUCUCGCCCAUCAAGUGAAGCUGCCUGGUCAGGCCAUUGACCCCCUUGACACAAACACACACACACUCUUGCGUGCUCAGAAACCCAGUGUAACAUAUCAGCUGUAGAUAGACACUGUACAGACUGACCCUUGCUGGAGAUGUGUAUAAAGUAUUCAUUUUUAAUCUGCUUUACCCAUUUUAAUGGAUUAAUUAAUUGACUGACUGACUGAUUAAUUGAUUGAUCGGUUGAAUGAAUGGAGACACACAAAAAAAAAAAAAAAAUCUGUGGGGGGUGUGCGCUGUGCUCAGGAUUCACCAAAACCCUGUUGGCUGUCGAUCUGUUGGGAGUGAUUUUUCUCUUGGUUGGAUCUGCCUGUGGAAGACAUGUACUUAAUAAAUGUGUCCGACCAGCA